AUGAAGGAGAAGAGGGAUGAAUCCACUGAAUCCCCUGGUGUUUUUCUCUGGUGUUCUUUUUGGUGCAGAAAGGGGUGCUGUUGGAGAUUUUGGAGCAGAGCUCAAACCACAGACAGGCCCUACUGGCGCAGUGGCAGUCGCCGGCCUGGGGGGAGAUGGGUUCCCUGAGGACAUGAUGGGCAGAGGCAGCAGGUAGGAAGGAGAAUGAGGUGAUAAGCUCAAAACCUGCUGCUUAGCCUGGGGCAAAAGCAGGCCAGUUCCACCAUGCUACUAAAGUCCUUUGCUUCUAGAAUGCAUAAUUUAUGCUGUGCAUAUACAGGAAAUCCGCUCACAUAUCCUUAUCCUUUUCAUUAUAUGCCCAUCUCAUUAUUUAUUAAUUAUCCAUUGUGUGUACAGGUGUGCCAAGCUUGUAAUGUCAUACCCAAGAAGACAUGAAGCUGUAAUCGCUGCCAAAGGUGCUUGAACAAAGUACUGAGUAAAGGGUCUGAAUACUUAUGUAAAUGUGAUAUUUCAUUUCUUAGUUUUUUAUACAUUUCUAGAAAUUUCUAAAAACCUGUUUUUGCUUUGUCAUUAUUUGGGUAUUAUGUGUAGAUUGAAAAAACAAUUUAAUCAAUUUUAGAAUAAUGCUGUAACAUAACAAAAUGUGGAAAAGUCAUGGUCUGAAUACUUUCCGAAUGCACAUGCAAAUAAUGUAGCAGAUAUAGGAUAUGGUAGAAAGAGUAUGUGGCCUUUUCUGUAGCCUACAGGCUGGAGAUAAAAUGUAUGACAAUGUAAUGUGACAGACACUUUUUACAUCAUGCAGGAUUCUCCGAUCAAUUAACCUAACCUAAAUGGCGCCGAAUCAAAUAAAAAAUGCACUGUCAUGUUAACAAACACCUAGGGCUGACCCCAUUUUUUCGACUGGUCGAUUGUUUAGUCGAUAGGCUAUUGGUCGACUGAGAUUUCUUUAGUCGAGCAGUACAAAAAAUAUGGUGUACAAGACACCUGUCUGAUUCGCGCCUGUCUGAGUGGACUGGUCCAUUGUGGAGGCCUGUCUGAGUGGACUGGUCCAUUGUGGAGGUCUGAGUGGACUGGUCCAUUGUGGAGGCCGUGGGGAUGGCACAGUCCGUCAGUCUAAAACGUGCUACUGAAAUUGUAUAUGGUUAUAUUACAUAAGAACAAUGGUGCAACACUAAUAAAAAGAAUAUUAUUUUAUUAAAAAUGCACUUUCUCCCUUGUUGGAUAGCGGAACCGCUGUACACGGUUCUGAAACACAUCAGUGCGCUGUUGAAUUGCUGCCUUUUCCUAGACCAUGUUGCUAUGUGCAUAAUAGCGUAAUGGUGUUGAGAACAGCAGCAGAAUGAGGAGAUGAGAAAACAGCCCCUGCCUUAUUGUCUAAGAAAAUUAAGGAGAGAGGAAACACAAACUUAAUCAAUAGCCUAACGGUUAAAUGUGCCUGGCUUUAUACAUCAUCAAUAUAUCUACAGAAAUAAGACAGAUCCUGCUUCUGUUGCCUGUUUGAGUGUUUGUUUAAUAGCCAACUGUUUCCAAGAGCACCAAGCCUCACACAAUGACAUGAAGUAAACAAAUAUGGCACUUUUAAUAUCUUUGCUUUGCUGUGAUAAAGGCUUUACACCUUUGUUCGUUAACAGCCUCUCUGGUAUUAUUUAUAAUUUAUUUUGUGUUUACACUGUUCCAAAUUGUCUUAAAUUUUUUAUUUAUAAUAAUAAUAAUAAUAACGCUCCUUCUUAUUGUGGUUGUUGUUGUUGUUAUUAUUAUUAUAAGUAAUGUAAUUAUCAGUAGUAGGCUUAGUAUAGCAGCCUUGUAUAACCACCAUCGAGCUGUAGGCCUAAGAGCACAUCCUUUUUAGUCUUAAUACCGUAACAUUCUUAGGCUUAAUUUUCAAUAGGCUACUGUAUCAAUCAUUCAUUCGUUCAUGUCAUCACACAGCAUAUGAGUCAUUCAUGAUUUGAAAUGCAAUCAAGCAUUUUAGUUUUAAAUAAAAUAAAGGGAGCCUUGAAUAAUUAGCUUAAACAACAAAUAAACCAUUCCAUUUCGGAAAUUACAUUCACGAAUGAAUGCGACUGUUGAAAUAAAGGCCUAACAAAAAAACGUUACAACAGACAGGUGUGCCAACAGAAAGGGCCAUUCUCUGGUAGGCGUAUACUUUAUUUAGUGUUGUUUACAUUGUUCCAAACGGUCAGAAAAAUUAUAUUGUAAUCUAUACAGCACCUGUUUGGCACUCAUAAUAUGCACGCAGGGCUUGCUCUUUACCUUCUUUUUCUUGAUCUCCAGUGUGUUCAACAACUAGUCACAUUUACAGUAUGUUCUUGUGGACCUUCAAUGUGGCAUAACUUUUUUGGUACCCUUCCUCAGAUCUGUGCCUCGACACAAUCCUGUCUCUGAGUUUUACGGACAAUUCCUUCGACCUCAUUGCUUGUGGUUUGCUCUGACAUGCACUGUCAACUGUGGGACCUAAUAUAGACAGGUGUGUGCCUUCCCAAAUCAUGUCCAAUCAAUUGAAUUUACCACAGGUGGACUCCAAUGAAGUUGUAGAAACAUCUCAAGGAUGAUCAAUGGAAACAGGAUGCACCUGAGCUCAAUUUCGAGUCUCAUAGUAAAGGAUCUGAAUAAGGUAUUACUGUUUUUCAUUUUUUAUAAUUUUGCUAAAAAAAUAAAACAGUUUUCGCUUUGUCAUUAUGGGGUAUUGUAUGUAGAUUGAUGAGGGAAAAAAUCUAUUUAAUCAAUUUUAGAAUAAGGCUGUAACGUAACAAAAUAUGGAAAAAGUCAACAUGUCUCAAUACUUUCGGAAUGCACUGUAUAUGCUGAAAGGCCAGGCGGUUCUAGUGUUAAAUAGCCAAAUUGAUUAGUCAACAAUUCGCACAAACUAAUAGCAAAAAAAUUAAUAGCUAAACGCUAACGAGCGAAAACAAACAAACUAAUUGCAAAGACAGGCAAAUCCAGCUCAUAAAGUUAUACAAGCAUAGCUAGUAGCUACCGAAUGUCAUUUUUGGUGAGUGGACAUUUACAAGCGAAAGUGAAUGAGAGAAAUUGUGAUGCAUGCUUUUCUGAAGGAAGAGCAGCAUGUGUACAGGAGCAGAGGGGAGAAGAACGGAAGAGAAAAAAAAUGCUAGUAGGAAGAAUAGGGAAAAAAUGGCAGCUGUACAGAUAACUCAUCCAGAGCUCUUUGACUUCUGGCAGAAAGCCAUUAUAAGAUAUCUGAUGGCAAACAUUUAGUAAUGAAUUGCAUACAAGUGUAACUUCAUCACCUUAUGUGCGCCACACAACAGAGACUCACAAAUAGCAGAUCCCCAAAACAUGCUAACCUCGCACCAUUACAACAACAGGGGAGGUUAGCAUUUUGGGGGGUUAUGAUAUUUAUGCGUCUAACUUUCUCACUCAUCAUUAUUCACGAUUUAUUCAGGAUUAUCCGUAAUCAUGGUAGCAUCCCCACAUUAAUGUAGAAGUGCUUAGAAACAUAUUAUAUUCUUAUUUACAAUGUAAGUGUCUCCAAAAUGACACAAUAGAUUAUUUACCAUUAAUUUCUAUUGGGCACAAAAUAAUCUGAAACACAACCAAAACAAAUAGCAAAUGCAUCCAACAAAUUUGUAGAGUCACAAGCUUGAUGUAGUUAUUGCGUGCUAUGAAUAUGAGACCAAAUACUUUACUUUUUACUAUAAUACACAGAAGUGAAUUUGUCCCAAUACUUUUGGUCCCCUAAAAUGGUGGCACUAUGUACAAAAAGUGCUGUAAUUUCUAAACGGUUCUCCCAAUAUGGAUGAAAAUACCCUCAAAUCCAAAGUGCUGGAGUACAGAGCCAAGACAACAACAAAUGUGUCACUGUGCCAAUACUUUUGGAGCUCAUUAUAUUAUGAAUUGUGUGUUUUAUGACUAUGACUGUUAGACCUAGUCAUUGAAAGGUUAUUUUCUCUCCCUUUGCAGUGAACCAUUGCCAAAGGAACAAAACUGCCCAUAGGCUCAAACCACAUCACCAUUGGCUGCAGGAACAAGGCAGUCUAUCAGUAGCAUGUCACUUUCACAUAAGUACAUGUAUUAGGAAAAAAUAGUUACAUUCAAAAGCAACAUUCCUGUGAAAAAUAUCUGCUGUAGAAAUAACAUUUGCUCUGUUGAGGAGUAUUUGAAAAUGUUUUUUGGGACUACAUGAGUUAUGACUUCACUCAGAUGAGCACCUCAUUCCAUAGAAACAUUUCAGUAGCGCCAGCACAUCUAAAUUUAACUUAUUAUUCAAUUUGUCCCACUUUUCAGUCCCAACGUGGAGUCGAUGGGAUUGCGAUUUGGCAUGAUAAAGGACCAUUGCCCCACCACGGGAGAGGUUGUUGCUUUUGACGGCUCAAUUCUCUACCUCCAUGUGAAGAUGGAAGAGGUAGGUUACUUUUCAAUGAUGCCUCUGAAGUCUGGCCUACUGUAUGUCUUGAGUAUAGAUGUGUAUUAAUUAUGUGCAAAUAAUUGGCUUAUACUUGGAAAUACACUCAAUGGGAACAGCUGCUUACGGAGGAGGUUGACAUCAAGGUUCAGAUGACACCCCAUUCUGAGGUCCUGCCACCCCAUUGUGACCUGUGCAUCCCCUUUUACAACGUGGUGCUGAGGAGGUAACAGGGCCUUAUUCAUAAGGGCAAAAUGCAGCAUUCAUUAGGGCAUACCAUAGCAAAACAUUUUACAACGGAAAACAAUGGAUCUUAUUGGACAAGUUCAGGUAGUCCCUUCCUGUUUUCAGUAUGUUGUUUUCCAUUUGGUCUCUAAUAAAAAUAUACCCCAGUGCUGCAAUAUGAGCCGCUAAUUGUCCACCACUAAUUGACCUUGACUUGUUUUUGUAGUUUUUUUUAAAGGCCUAUGGUCUACCUAUGAGAGAAGUUCUCUGGGGGGAAACCAGACCUAAGUGCAGCCAUGCUGUCAGUAUUUAGCUAACCUCCCCUUUGUUCUCUACGUGGAGUCAUCUAUUGUCCUCGCUUGAUAGCUUCAAGCAAAGACAUUUGCUUUCUUGAGAUGCCUCAGCUGUUUUACACACAAGUCCAGACGUCUUUUAAAACGGUCCAUUUCCCCCUAAAUCCUAAAAAGCCUUUUCACUGAAUGGUGCGACAAGACAUUAUUGUUCUCUCCCUGUAUGUUGUCAAGGUUAAUGAGCAUCCUGGGACUGAAGCUUGUGGGGCGGAAUCUUUACGAUCCAAAAAGCGCAGUCAUACUUGGGAAACGUCGGUGAGUACAGUUAAAGUCGGAAGUUUACAUACACUUAGGUUGGAGUCAUUAAAACUGGUUUUCCACCACUCCACAAAUGUCUUGUUAACAAACUAUAGUUUUGGCAAGUCGCUUAGGACAUCUACUUUGUGCAUGACACAAGUAAUUUUUCCAACAACUGGUUACAGUGUCACGAUCGAGGUAAGGAGUAGACCAAGGCGCAGCGUGAUGAACAAACAUACUUUAAUUAGUUAAAGCAUCAAAAUACAAAACAAAACACGACUCGUGACGUCCACGGUAUCAAUGACGGAACAAAAACCCACAACCACAAAGGGAAAACAUACAGUUUAAAUAUGGCUCCCAAUCAGAGACAACCAGCCAACAGCUGACACUCGUUGCCUCUGAUUGGGAGUCACUCAGGCAAACAUAGAAUACAACAAACUAGAAUGAACACCAACAUAGAAAUACACACAUAGAAAUGAACACACCCUGGCUCAACAUAAUGAGUCCCAGAGCCAGGGUGUGACAGUACCCCCCCCCUAAAGGCGCGGACUGCGACCGCCCCUCAACUAAACAAACCAGGGGAGGGCUGGGCGGGCAUACCUCCUCGGCGGCGGUUCUGGCUCCGGCCUUGACCACCACCCUCCAAUACACCCCCCAUAGUACCCCUGGUCCAGUCUGGCCCCGCCGGCUGGAGCAGGACUGGACUUAACAGGAGCGAUCCUUACCAGGCUGUCGACUCGCACCCCUGGCUUGGUGCGUGGAGGAGGAACGGGCCUUACCAGGCUGACGACGCGCACCCCUGGCUUGGUGCGUGGAGGAGGAACGGGCCUUACCAGGCUGACGACGCGCACCCCUGGCUUGGUGCGUGGAGGAGGAACGGGCCUUACCAGGCUGACGACGCGCACCCCUGGCUUGGUGCGUGGAGGAGGAACGGGCCUUACCAGGCUGACUUCUCGCACCCCUGGCUUAGUGCGAGUGGCAGGAACAGGCCGGACCGGGCUGGCGACGCGCACCGUAGGUUUGGUGCGAGUGGCAGGAACAGGCCGGGUCGGGCUGGCGACGCGCACCGUAGACUUGGUGCGGGUGGCAGGAACAGGCCGGACCGGGCUGGCGACGCGCACCGUAGGUUUGGUGCGAGUGGCAGGAACAGGCCGGGUCGGGCUGGCGCCGCGCACCGUAGACUUGGUGCGGGUGGCAGGAACAGGCCGGGUCGGGCUGGCGACGCGCACCGUAGACUUGGUGCGGGUGGCAGGAACAGGCCGGACCGGGCUGGCGACGCGCACCGUAGGUUUGGUGCGAGUGGCAGGAACAGGCCGGGUCGGGCUGGCGACGCGCACCGUAGACUUGGUGCGGGUGGCAGGAACAGGCCGGACCGGGCUGGCGACGCGCACCGUAGGUUUGGUGCGAGUGGCAGGAACAGGCCGGGUCGGGCUGGCGACGCACACCGUAGGCUUGGUGCGUGGAGCAGGAACAGGCCGGGCUGGGCUGUCGACGCACACCGUAGGCUUGGUGCGUGGAGCAGGGACAGGCCGGACUGGGCUGGCGACGCACACCGUAGGCUUGGUGCGUGGAACAGAGACAGGCCGGGCUGGGCUUGCGACGCACACCGUAGGCUUGGUGCGUGGAGCAGGGACAGGCCGAACCGGGCUGUGGAGACGGAUAGGAGGCCUGGAGUGAAGAGCGGCCACCACCCGUCCUGGCUGAAUGCCUACCCUCACACACUGUGUGAGGCAUCCGCACAGGACGUACAGGGCGGUGAACCCCUGGCCUGGUGGCUUUCUGGAUCCGCCCCCUUUUCUCCUCCGUCAGCCCCGUCGUCCAUGCCGUGUGCCCCCCCCUAAAAAAUUUCUGGGGUUGCCUCACGACCGUCCGACGACGACCCUGAUCACGCCGUUGCUCCUCUCUCCGUCGCCUCUCCACUGUCUCACUCCAUGGCCGGCGAUCCAUCCCGGCCAGGAUUUCCCCCCAAGUCCAGGACCCUUUACCGUCCAAUAUCUCCUCCCAUGUCCAGGCUGCCUGCUCCUGGACACGCUGCUCCUCUUUCGCCAGGGCCUUUCCCGGCGCUUCCUCCCAUGUCCACCCCAAGGGCUGCCCCUGGACACGCUGCUUGGUCGUUGCAUGGUGGGUUUUUCUGUCACGAUCGAGGUAAGGAGUAGACCAAGGCGCAGCGUGAUGAACAAACAUACUUUAAUUAGUUAAAGCAUCAAAAUACAAAACAAAACACGACUCGUGACGUCCACGGUAUCAAUGACCGAACACGGAACAAAAACCCACAACCACAAAGGGAAAACAUACAGUUUAAAUAUGGCUCCCAAUCAGAGACAACCAGCCAACAGCUGACACUCGUUGCCUCUGAUUGGGAGUCACUCAGGCAAACAUAGAAUACAACAAACUAGAAUGAACACCAACAUAGAAAUACACACAUAGAAAUGAACACACCCUGGCUCAACAUAAUGAGUCCCAGAGCCAGGGUGUGACAUACAGACAGAUUAUUUCACUUAUAAUUCACUGUAUCACAAUUCCAGUGGGUCAGAAGUGUACAUACACUAAGUUGACUGUGCCUUUAAACAGCUUGGAAAAUUCAGAAAAUGAUGUCAUGGCUUUAGAAGCUUCUGAUAGGCUAAUUGACAUCAUUUGAGUCAAUUGGAGGUGUUCCUGUGGAUGUAUUUCAAGGUCUACCUUCAAACUCAGUGACUCUUUGCUUGACAUCAUGGGAAAAUCAUUAGAAAUCAGCCAAGACCUCAUAAAAAUCAUUGUAGACCUCCACAAGUCUGGUUCAUCCUUGGGAGCAAUUUCCAAAUGCCUGAAGGUACCACGUUCAUCUGUACAAACAAUAGUACGCAAGUAUAAACACCAUGGGACCACGCAGCCGUCAUACCGCUCAGGAAGGAGAUGCGUUCUGUCUCCGAGAGAUGAACGUAUUUUGGUGCGGAAAGUGCAAAUCAAUCCCAGAACAACAGCAAAGGACCUUGUGAAGAUGCUGGAGGAAACAGGUACAAAAGUAUCUAUAUCCACAGUAAAACGAGUCCUAUAUCGACAUAACCUGAAAGGCCGCUCAGCAAGGAAGAAGACACUGCUCCAAAACCGCCAUAAAAAAGCCAGACUACGGUUUGCAACUGCACAUGGGGACAAAGAUCGUGCUUUUUGGAGAAAUGUCCUCUGGUCUGAUGAAACAAAAAUAGAACUGUUUGGCCAUAAUGACCAUCGUUAUGUUUGGAGGAAAAAGGGCGAGGCUUGCCAACCGAAGAACACCAUCCCAACCGUGAAGCACGGGGGUGGCAGCAUCAUGCUGUGGGGGUGCUUUGCUGCAGGAAGGACUGUGCACUUCACAAAAUAAAUGGCAUCAUGAGGAAGGAAAAUGAUGUGGAUAUAUUGAAGCAACAUCUCAAGACAUCAGUCAGGAAGUUAAAGCUUGGUCGCAAAUGGGUCUUCCAAAUGGACAAUGACCCCAAGCAUACUCCCAUGCUGUGGCAUAAUGGCUUAAGGACAACAAAGUCAAGGUAUUGGAAUGGCCAUCACAAAGCCCUGACCUCAAUCCUAUAGAACAUUUGUGGGCAGAACUGAAAAAGCGUUUGCAAGCAAGGAGGCCUUCAAACCUGACUCAGUUACACAAGCUCUGUCAGGAGGAAUGGGCCAAAUUCACCCAACUUAUUGUGGGAAGCUUGUGGAAGGCUACCCGAAACAUUUGACCCAAGUUAAACAAUUUAAAGGCAAUGCUACCAAAUACUAAUUGAGUGUAUGUCAACUUCUGACCCACUGGGAAUGUGAUAUAAUAAUUCUCUCUACAAUUAUUCUGACAUUUCACAUUCUUAAAAUAAAGUGGUAAUCCUAACUGACCUAAGACAGGGAAUUUUUACUAGGAUUAAAUGUCAGGAAUUGUGAAAAACUGAGUUUAAAUGUAUUUGGCUAAAGUGUAUGUAAACUUCCGACUUCAACUGUAAUUAGAUUUGUCCUCAAACUGAGAAAUUAUACUCCAACUGAAAUCUCAAUGAUAAUAGCAGCUGACUCAAGCCCCUUGGUUUCCAUCUUCAUAUUCUAGGCUGCAGGUGUGGCCAGGUUACUCAACGUGCAUAAAGCACACUGACGGAGGCCUGUACCUCCAGGUGGAUGUGUCCCACAAAGUGCUGUGA